UAAAGAACAUGGAUAAUCUGCCAAUCAAUGAUAUGUUGGUUAGUGGAUUGAAUAGUUAAAAAUACAGAGUGUCGACCCAUAUGGAUUUGAGAGACCUGAUGACUUUGAUUAUGAAUCCUAUGAUGAUUUUAUGUCCAAUUACUUGGGAAUACUAGCACGACGUGCAAAAAAAUGGGAAGAUUUUCUUGGUAUUGAGAAAAAUGUGAAGAAAGGCACAAAAGUAAAAAGGUAUAUAAGAAAAGGAAUACCACGUGAAUAUAGAGGUUUGGUCUGGAUGGAGGUUAGUAAAGCUCAAGAUCUGAAAGAUGCAGAUCCAAACCUAUAUUUCACUCUUCUUUCAAUGCCUAUUCCACCAGAGAUUGUGGAAUCUAUAAAAAUAGACAUACCACGAACAUUUCCUGAUAACAUUUAUUUCAAAGUUGAUUCCCUUGAUGGGAAACGACAGCCACUCUACAAUGUUCUUGUUGCCUUUGCCCAGAAGAAUCCAUCAGUUGGAUAUUGCCAGGGGUUGAAUUUUAUAGCGGGAAUCUUACUUCUUAUCACUGAGGAUGAAGAGACUACUUUCUGGCUUUUAAGAAUUCUUGUUGAAAAGAUUCUACCAGAUUAUUAUACUAAAGACAUGAUGGGGUUGUUAACUGAUGUUGAAGUUCUUGGAGAACUUGUCAGAUUGAAAGUACCCAAAGUUCAUGAGCACUUGGUUUCCCAUGAUGUUACGUGGGCUUUAGUGGCCAGUAAAUGGUUCAUCUGUUUAUUUGCUGAAGUACUGCCCGUGGAAACUAUUCUAAGAAUUUGGGACUGUCUAUACUAUGAAGGUUCUAAGAUUCUUUUCCGAGUGGGUGUAACUUUAAUAAAAAAAAAUGAAGAAAAGAUCUUGGCAGCCCAAAACUUUCCAGAUAUCAUAUCAGUUUUGAAAUCAAUAACUGGGGACCCACUUGUGACAGACUGUCAUUCAUUAAUGCAGGCAAUAUUCAAAGAACCUGGGUCAUUUCCAAGAAGCCUAAUUAGCCGAUUAAGAGCACAGUGUCGUAUAAAAGUACUAAAGCAGAAAGAAGAACUGAAGCUGUAACCAAUUAUUAGCUUAAUAUGAAGAAUCUACAUUUGAAUGACAUUUGUCUGUUAAUCUAGUCAUUGUCAUCAUAGAAAAAAAAAAAUUCAAUGAAAUUUUUCCAACUAUAAGUGCUUAAUAUACAAAGCUUAUGUGAAAGUAUGUAGUUUUAUUCCAAUGACUACUUUGGGUUAAAUUGAUUUUGAAGAGGGGGUAAUUUUUGAGGUAUGAAUGUGAUAUAUAUAUAUAUAUAUAUAACUUGUUAACAUGUAUGUUUCUAUAGUGCCAAUGCUAUAAUUACAGUUAGUUGUGUUAAUAGAUUGCUUACUAACUAGUUCUGUGAAAGUUCUAAAGUACUGUGGUAAUUCAAAAAUCUCUGAGUAGAAGGAGACACAAAAGCCUUGCUAAAAUCAAUGGAUUUUUUCAGUAUCUGUCAAAAAUUCCAGAUAGUUUGACAUGAAACUGUUAAUUAAUAUUUGCAUUAUAUUUGAAAAUGAAAUUUUAUACAAGGUUGCUUUCACAGAAACAGUACUUAAUACAAUAUGUACUAUUGAAUAUAUUUGAGAAAAGAUAAGAAAAAUAAACUUACUUGAAAACCACUCUAGGUUUUUUUUCAAAAAAAUUUUAAUUAAAAUGAGAUAAACAUCUUGGAUGCCUUCCAAGUAAAUUCACUGAUUUUUUUUUCACUAGUUAAUGUAAAUAUUUUUAACACUGUAUACAAUAUUUAAAAAAAUCUUAAAGCAUUUGGCAUAAAACUUUAUUUUCAGGUUUGGUUAAUGAAAACAAAAAUGAAGCUACAUUAGAUGUUGCAGUUAAUGUCUGAAUGCUGCAUGUUGAAGUCAAAAAGGUUAAUUUCAAUUGAAUCAGGGAGUCUUAAUAGGGAAGGUUCCACUGUUUUACAUUAGUGAAAUUGUGCUGCUUAUUCUGUCCUCUUAUAAUUGGCAUUUUUCACUAUUACUGAGAACCACUCAAAAUCCUAUGGGGGAAAAAAUUGGUGUGAAGCUCCAUAUUAUCAAGAUUCUUAUCUAAAGAAGCAAGGAUUCUCUUUUUGAUUUCUCAAAAAUCCAGAAAUGUCUAAUUGUUAGACUGAAAUUAUACACUGUGUACUAAUGUGUAUUCUUUCUCAGACUUUUGCAUAUUAACUAGGCCUGAUCUAGUCCUAACACUAGAAAUUUUAUUAAAUACCUAAUUCUUGUUUCAGACGUAAAAAUUAAUCCAGUUUUCUAGACUUGAAAAUAUUUGGAGUAAAACAACUAAAGAAUUGAAUAAAAAUUACAUAAUGUGUCAAGUGCAUUUUGAGGACAAAACGUUUAAGAACCCAGCUAAGAAAAACUUUUAAUUUCUAAUACUGCUUAUGUUGUUUAUGUGAAACCCACUGCCUUUAAUAUCACCACUAUGCUUGCUUCCAGUUCACCACAUUGCCCCACCACACACACAGAAAAGUUUGCAUUAAAAUUAUUUUUUCAUCAAGUUUAAACAUUCUGAAUUAAGUCAAAAAAUUUGUAUUAGUUUUAGUACAAAUUGGCACACAAAACAUCUGUCAUAUAGCAUAUGUUCAAACUGUUUUCAGACAGCAGGAAAAGGAAACAUUAUGAUGAACAUGACAAAGAAGCAAGAGACACCACAGUAAAAAAUUUGAAAAGGUUAAUUUUGUUCAAAUGUAAUGAUAUUCUUUGUUACUGCAGUUUCAGGGUUUUUUAUGUAAUAUGAAUUGCAUGAACAGGAAAUGUACACAGUCAAGGACUCGGUCAUUUAAAUAAUCUAGGAAUUUAUUCUUUCAUGUUAUGAUAAACAUUUUCUUAGGUAUAUCAUUUUUGUGGUAUUACUUCCAGUGAAAAAUACUGAUACAUGCAUAUUGAAAUAGCAGCCUUGCAAUAAAUACACAUUACAGUUUCCUUGUCGUCUAUACAGGUGACCACAUGGUUAUACCAAGUUAGUGACACAAAGUGAAUGUAGUAUAGUGACAUCUUCCUCUAUUAAGUCUUUCUGCUAAUGAGUUAACAGAUAUAUUCUACUAUACUUUGAACUGAAAAAUAUAUUAAUCAUACUCCUGUUUGUUUUUCUUUUUGAAUUUUAGCAGUGUUAACUAGCAUAAAACUCCUGUUGAACUUUAGUUUCAAAAGAAUUUAUAACUUUUCAGUUUUUCUCAUCAUAAAGACAAGUUAGAAUAUUUUGAAUUAUUUUCAGCAGUCCUUUUCAUAUUUUAAUUAUAUUAUGUACUGGGGUCAAAGGGUAUUGCACGUGUUUUGUUUUUAAGUUAUUUAAGUUUCUGAAAUGGAGUAUUUGUCUUGCUGUCUCAGAACAUCACUAUUGGUUAUGAUGUAAGUAUAACUGAUAGACUUAAAGGUUUGUUAAGCUAGAAACAACAACAAAAUUUCCAACGUAAAUCAAUCAUUACCCGUUGCUUUCCGAUGUAGUUUUCGUUUUGAAACUGAAGACGUACUGAAGUUCUGAAUGCAAGGAAUUAAUCCACAGCUCAAAACCAUGUUACAUUAGAGGUGAUAAAAAUAUAGGAAUAGUACAGCCUGAAAGUCAGUAUAAGUAGGAUCUAAUUCAUGCAUGUUUGAGACUACCAGUCUCCAUAUUUAUUAAUUAUAAUUUGAACCAAACUUGAACUAUUAUGUAUCAUAAUUAAGUAAUAAAAAAUAGUUUAAUUUUUGUAUUGAUAAAGCAUCAAAAAAUUUAGAUCAUUGUAAUAUGGCUGUUCUGUGAGAUCCAAGGUUGUGCAUGUGCAACACUUAAAUUCUACAAUGUUAGUCAGAGAUAAGAUUAGGGAAAUUGGGACAUCAUGGAAGAGGAGAUUUACUUGUGUUUUAAUUAAGGCAGCAAACUUAUUAUUUCAUGUUUAAUUACUUGUUUGUCUUAAGUCUUUACACUAGAAGUUAGAACUGACACACUGUUAAUAGUUACGGAAUAUGGUGUAGAUAUGAUAGUUAUAUCCAAAUGAAUGUUAAAUUUAAAAAAAGAAGCUUUAAUUCUUUCCUUAAACACUGACUAAGAAUACAGUUAGCUGAGUAUCAGACUUUAUUCUUUUACAGAAUAUGGCCAUCUUGAUAGUGAGUUAUGUUUUAAGAAGCUGUAAAAAGAUUGCUAUUUAUAUAAUUUGAAAAGAAGCUUUUCCUUAAAACUUCACCCAUUUUCUUAUAUUAUUAGAUCUUGAUUGAUUCUGAUAUAACAGCUAUUCUUGUCUGAGAAAAGGUUUAGACAGAGGACAGUAUAUUUUGGAGAUGUUGUUAAUGAACUGCAUCUGUCUAGGAAAUUUGGAUGAUGUUUUGAGCUGCUAGCACAGAUCAUCAUCAUCAUCACGUCAAAUUGUUCAGAAUUUAUAUCAGGUAUAAAUAUAGUUGAGACCUUUAUGAGUUGAAAACAAAAAGUAAAACAAAGUGGGAUUGAGAGUGCAAGAGCAUGGCUAUAGAGGAGAGUUCUAAUAAAGGUUAUUGUAAAUUCUUGAACAAUUUUUCCUGAUGAAGAUACAAACUAGUUGCUCAAAACAUUUUCCAAAUUUCCUAGACAGAUGUAGUUUAUUAAGAACACCUUUCAAGUCUGAAAUCUAUUGUAAAAUGGUGUUAUUUAUAGGAAUUGAGAAUAGAUGCCAGAAUAUAGCCAUUUCAGUACUGGUGAGUAUAAAAUAACAAAUGCACACCACAUUUGUGCAAUAUUUAUUUAGUGGUGUUGGCAAUAUUGUUUCAUUUCAGGACACCCAUUGUAGUGUUGUUAGCAUUUUAGUGCCUCACACCAUGUACAUGAGAGUAAUAUCUUAAUUUUCAAUUACCAUUCCCGUGGUUUCAGUUUUAAGUCUUCAAUCUUCAGUGUACACCAUGUACAUGAGAGUAAUAUCUUAAUUUUCAAUUACCAUUCCCGUGGUUUCAGUUUUAAGUCUUCAAUCUUCAGUGUACGAACUCAGAUAGUUCUAAUGUUAGAGAGAACUGUCAAGUAAAUCCAGAAUACAUCAGCUAGUAUGUAUUCUGUAGCUAUGGUUUGAAAUAUUUUCAUUAAUAUUCAUAAUACAUUUCUCUAAAUAAAGCAGCAUUUUCUUAAACAAAAGUACAAUGUGCAUUUGUUCAAUAACAUCAUUAGUUACAGUGUAAUAAGCUAUACACAUGUGUAUAGUUUGUAGUAGAAGUUAGUACAUAAAUGUGUUUGUGAUGACUUGUUGUUUGUUAUGAUUAUUGAAUUUCAUGUUUUUUUUUGUCUUCAGUUAUAUAAAUCUUUAAUUUUUUUAUGAAACAACUGAUUUGAUGAGAAUGUCUUAAAAGUUUUUAUCAUUACUGAUGAAAGAACAGACUAGUUUUACUCAUAUUGGUCUUCAUGAUAUUGAUUGACAUGAAACUUCCUAUGCAUGUAUAAGUUGACUUUUAACUGGCAGGAUACAGAUAAAUACUCUUUUAAAGUUCCUCUAUUUUUUAAAAGAAAAAAAUGCUAUUAAUUAGGGUUUAAAGAGCAGUUUUGAGUUGUUAGUAUUUGUUGUUUUUCAGUGUCAAUUGAAUUAUUGUGUAUUGAAAGUUUAAACAGUUUAUCAUGAAAUACACCUAUUUCUUCAAUGAAAGACUUCAGCAUGAGGCUAAAAUUGUGAGAUGGAACCAAACAGAGAAGUCCAUUUUUAAAUUUGUUUUUGAACAAACUUGUAUUUCAUGGAAAUGGGUUUUACUGGCUGCUGUAUGUUAAUUACAGCUGCAUUACAAAUUUUAUCGACCAUACAGAAAUACAAAGGUUUAAAGUUUUGUUCCUCCAAAAUAUGUUUAUCAAUUAUGCUUAGGCUUUUCUAAUUUAUCAUUUUAAAAAUAGAACAGGAAACAAAAGUUUAUUUUUGUUUGUGAUUAUAUCACAUUAUCAGAAAACUAAGAUAUUGUUUGUGAAAAUAGAUUCAUGCUUUUGCUAAAAAUACCUGCAAUUAAUUUUAGGAUUAUUCAAUUUUUUUAACAUUUAAUUUUUUUAUCUCUUACAUGGAGAUAGUUACAUGAGUUGUUUUCAAUUAAAUCCUUAGUCUACUUUGUUAAUGAAACCAUUGUCCAAGUGUUGUAAUUGAAUCCCAAGAAUUCACAGAUAUUACAUGUGUGUGCUUGUUUAAGUUACAUUUUAUGGCAAGAACAAUAACUAUAUUCUGAAACUUUGAUAUUAUAUUAACAUUGAUUUGAAAUAUUUCUUGAUAAGGUUUAAUAUUUGAAUGCCAAAAUUUAAUUGAAGUUAACUUAAAUAAAAUUAAACAAUGAAAAAGUAGAUAAAAAUGCUUUCUACACUCUUACUAAAUGGAUUUAUUUUGCAACACUUAGGCCUAUCUUUAAUUGAUGAAAUUAACUUAGCUGGGCCUCACCAAAAGCACAUUGUGGAUGUUUUCAUAAUAUUUGUAAUGAUUAAAAUAGUUGGCAACAUUGUCCCAGAAUUUUAAGGAAAACAUUAUUACUGUAAGUAAAAUGUGCUGGAAGUCUUGAUAUUUGAUCACCUGAGGUCAUCGCUUCAAGCAAUAAUGGUUACAUGAUUCUUAUUUUAUCAUCUGAUGAAAUUUAUUCUGACUAUAUCAGUGGUUGAUAUACAUUCCAUUGCAUAAAGUAGUACUGCUUGUUAGUACAUUGGUUUUCCAAAAAUAACGUUCUAAAAAUCUUUGAAUCGUCAGGUCUUUAUAUAGGGCAAUAAAUCACUGGAAAUAUGUCAAAAGUUAAUAUUAUUCAAAAAGCAAGUUUCAUUUAGUAAAUAUUUUCAAAAAGUAGAUGAUCAUAUGAAUUGUUACAAAUUAAGAUUUGUAAUCUUUUUCCACAGCAUAACUAGUAAGAAAUUAUAUCAGAAUCUUUUGGUAGAAGUAUUCUGAGUGAAAACCAAAAUCAUUUUGUCUUUGCUAUGAUUUGAUCCAUAAAAUUAUUAACAUUAUUUAAUUUCAUUUCAGAGAAACUUUAUAUAAAUGGUAGAAGCUUCAAAGUAAACAAUUUUUAUUUGAAUUCAGAAAGUUAUUGUUUUUGUGUGAGAAAUGUUUGUUUUGAAAAAAAUCAUAAAAUUACGGGUACAUUGAAAACUGGCUAGUGUAAUGCUCUGUAUUAAGAUAAAUAAGAGUACAGCCAAGAAUGUGAUAAAUAUUGUGAGGAAUGUUAUGUGGUUCUUAAGUUUAAUAAUUGGAUAUGUUAUACUUAAAAUAAUCAUUUAACAUGUUUUUAAAAUUAAUUAGAGUUGAUUUCAAUAGUAAUGCUUUUUUCUGUAGUAGGGAAAAAAAUUUGUGCCAUAGAAGGAGCUUGCUGGAAUGUAUAUGAAUAACACCAAAAUUAUGUUCUGAGAAAUUACUUGUUUUAUUUGAUUAUACAAUAAUGUAAAACGAAACCAAUAACUUUUGUUACAUAUAAUUAAAAUAUGCACCUCAUCUAAUAGAAACCUCAGCAGAAAAAUAUUAUAAUUUUACCAUUUAAAUUUCUUAUAUAAAGCUGAAAAACUUUGAAUAUCAACUUAUAAAACUGCAGUAGAAAUGAAGUUUUAUGAAAAUGAACUUACUGAAAAUAUUCUAUUGUUUACAUUCAGUACAAGAUAUUGGGACCAUUUAAAGUUACUUUUAAUAAGCCAUUUUACUAACAAGUCAAUGUACUCAAAGUUUCUUUUUGGUCUGAUAUACAGGUUUAAAAGAGUAACAUUUUUGAAGUGUAAUACUAUGUGUAAAGACUACACAUAAAGACUGCUGUUUAAUAAAAUGCAAUAAGCAUAAGACAGGAA